AUUUUGAGUCGUAUUUAUCAGAGUUGGAAAACUUCUAGCCAGGCGCUUUUCCCUGCUGACAAUCUGGUGUUCAACAUAUAAUUGCCGUUUUAAAUUGUUACUUUGAUUAUUCGGAUUCGGAGAUUCGGUGCUAGGUUUCUGCGUUUGCUGUUUAUGUAAACCGAUAUAUCUGCCUUUACUGAUGAUGAAAAUGCGGUUCCGAGUACUGCAUGAUCCUCGUGCUCAUGAGCGUUGAUGCAUGACCUGUUCUUGGUAUUAGUAUUGGUACUGGAAGUCGUACUCAUUGGCUAUUCUUUAUGGUCAGUAAUGAGUUACACGUAAUACAAAUACUUAUAUCCGCCGGUGCGUGUCUUCAAAGAACGUGGAUGAGCACAAGAACGAAUUAUGAAAGCAAAUGCGGAAGCUUCCUCAACAAAUAAGUACGAAAACAAAACUUGUUCAUCAGAGCUCUCUCUCAUUCACCGCUGUUGACCUGUGAGUAGCUCGCAUUCAAAAUGUUUAAUGUCAGUGAAGGCGAAGGUGAAGUUGAAGAUUGUUACAGAACAUACAUUGUGACAAAACCGACAACAUCUUAUAUCAUUAACAGUGUUAUUGGUUGUAUUGUAAACCUUAUUCUUUGCUUUGUUGGUUCAUUUCUCAACGCUCUUGUUGUUUACGUGUUCUGGAAAACACCAAGAUUACGAUACAAAGUUUCCUACUUUAUGAUCAUGCUCUUAUCGUCAAUUGAUGUCUUGGUUACACUGAUUGUGCAUCCGGCGCACUUGGUAAUGUCAGUUGCAGAAAUUAUUGGAAAACCAAAAUGUAUAUACAAGAUGUCUUAUCAAAUAGCAGCCGUAGUUCUCUCUGGGAUGUCUUUCUUUACUUUCUUCGUCUUGAAUAUUGAACGUUAUUUAUCCAUCGUUCACCCGAUAUUUCAUCUGCAACAUGUCACUAAGCUGCGAUGUCUCGUAGUUUGCAUCAUGCUCUGGAGUUUGGCAAUCUUCUGUGGUCCAGUGGCUUAUCCGCUCAGCCUGAACACCGACCUGACAAUUACAGUUUCGUCUUUAGUAGUCAUAUGCGGAACUUUUUACAUUUAUUUUGCAAUAUUUUAUUUCGGGAGAAGACGAAGAAAAGGUUCGCAGCCUAACAACGUGAGACGGAGGGAAGAAAAUUCAAAUAUAUUCCUUGUCGAAGACUCCACUCACACAGAUAAUAUGUCAUCUUGCAUUGCACCAGAAGCACUUUUAAAUCCGAACCCAGAUGUCCCUAUGAAAACAAUUAACAUGAACCAAAACGUGUUAAAGCGUGACGAAAGAAAAAGGUCAAGGAAAACAGUGUCGUUACAACACGAUUUACAGCUUGCUAAAAUGUGUCUCUUAGUGGUAUUCAUUAGCUUUGCCUUGAACCUCCCAAAUGCAGUAAUUUUUGCCGUGUUUACUGAUAGAAUAAAAGCCGUUGACGGGCAAGUACAAGCGAAAAUAUGGACGGUGACUCUCGUGCUCAUGAACUCUACAGUCAACUGUCUGAUCUUUUUCUGGGCAAAUGAGAGGUUAAGGAAAGAAGGACGGAAAGUUUGCAAACGAUUGUGUAAAUGUUAGAAUUAAACGCACAGCACAGCAUGGUGCAUGUUUAUCGAUUUAAAAUUAACAUUUUUGCAUAUAUGCAUUUUGAAAAUACCUCUUUUAACUUCAUUUUGAUAUUAAAGUUACCUUCAUUUGCUUUCAUUUUGAAAAUUGCAUGAAGACCCAAAUUUGGCAAAUGAAAACUUGUAUAUAGUUUAUAGAAUUGUAUAUAGUUUAUAGAAU